AAAUAAUUUUCUUAUAGGCAAAUUCCACCGUGGAUGUGUCAUAUAUAGCAUAAUAGCCUUAGUUCCUGUUGUUUAUCCGAUGGAUCGUGCCCAGCAUGAACGGUUUGCCAACCACGCCGCGCAGUAUGCUGCUGUAAGCGAGAGGGUGCUUCGAGAAGGACAUGCCAUUCGGCCUGAUAACACCACCAGAGUGUAUGUUCGUGGGCAGAAGCGAUGGAAGGUUCUUCCUGCCCAUUCCCUCUUUCUCUGCUACGGAGACGCUAAUUCUCUGAGGCCAAGUAGGAAUGGUGUUCCGAGAUGCAAUUUGUGGAUGGGGAGCUUGUCAGCAACGACAAGCUCCUGCUGUACAUUGACACGAAAAUCAUCGGCCGGCCAGCCGAAGGAACGAGGAGGAAGAAGCGAGCUCGUACCGACGAUAGUGGAGAUUUUGUUAUUCCCACCAUUUCGGAAAGGACGGUGGAGGGGGAGGUAUCCGCUAUCAUGAGUCUCUGGAACUUUCAGUACAGCAGUCCGUCAUGCCCGGUCAAGGAGCCCCCUAUGCGAAGUGAGGCUCCAAAGGUAUUGCUCAAGUCCAACCUAGCUAGGGAGGCCUCUAGGAAGAAGGAAGAGUUCGAGGACCGCGCGCUUGGGACGCUCCAGGAUGGCUAUAACACAGAUCAGAUGGCCGAUAUCGUACGCUUCUGCUGGGAGGGAUGGGAGGCUGACGAUCCUAAGCGAUUGUUGCCGGUGACCAUAGAGUCGCAUCUCCGUACGGCGGUGGAUUUCUUGUUCUGCCACACCAUGCUGCUCAGAGGAGAGAACAUUCGCGCAGCUCAAUUACCCGAUCUAUUCGGCAUGGAGCUGGAGAAUGAAGGGCCCAUGCUCUGCCCCAUGGUGUUCAUGAUAAUGAAUAAUGGAAAGACGAAUCAACUAAACCGACUGGAGUACGGCAUCGCGGCCCGCCAUCGCCAUGUGCAACGCUGCCCGAUGGGGCACUUGGCUUUCUACCUCUUCUUCCGAUGGAACAUCCUCCGAGAGGAGCCUCCAAUAUUCAGCAGGCGCGAGCAGUGGUAUGGAAUCCACAUGCUAAGGGGCGUUGAUCGUCUGAAGCCGUUAGCGUACCACACACAGAAAGAGUGGAUCAAGAGGUCCUUUCGUGCCGCAGGCUUGACGUCAACGUCCAAAUGCACGCAUAUGGAAAGGAGUCAGGGCGCUCGUGAGGCGGAGCGCGCGGGCGUGAACGAGGCUCAGAUACGCAGGGCAGGCCGCUGGAAUAACGAUGUCCUAAGCCAGUGCUACCUGUCUAACCUCCCGCGCAAAUUUGUCCGUGCCACGGCUGGCUUUGAUCCAAGCCUCCAGGGUUGCUACUACCUACCAAGGGCGGCAAUCCAACCCCCUGAGACACUCGUACACGAGCUCUGGCCAUGGGUUGACGAAUGGGCGGAGUGGUAUGAACGGGGGCUGGGCGACCAAGCAGAUGAUCGCCGUGAUAUCGCUGGUCAGGGCUUCCUCAGGCUGCUGAAGCUACUUCGCCCGAUCUUACUACAGGACUCCGUCCUUCAAAUGGCUAAGUUCCCAUCGCAUCCGAUCUGGACUGACCCUAUUUUCCAUCGCGACGACUUUAAGGCCUUUCGCCGGCAGCUGGAGCAGUCUCUUAGCCAGGAUACGGGGGAGCCUGAGGAGGUUCAAAUCCGCCGUGCAGUGCCGGCUAUCGCCGACCAGCUGAGCCAGUUACGGGGGACCGUCCUGUCGCAAAUCGAACAGAGCAAGCAGGAAAUCUUGGAGAAACUGGCGGGCUUUGAUGACUUCAUACAAGGCCGCGUCCCCUUUGUUCUCAGUCCCGUACAUGAUGGGCCCCUUGCCGCCACUACUCGAGCGGCCUUGACUAGGCCAGGAGCCAGUCCAGAUGUGAUCGCUGGUGUAGAAGCCGGUACUGGUGGCGCCGGUACUGAGACUGGAGCUAGCCUUGAUGCUGUCGCAGGACUUCCGAAGUACAGACUCUCUCGCACAAUCUCAACAGUUCCAGACCUUUGGAGGGAAUGGACGGUCGGGUUUGGUAAUGGUCCGUCGGUUCAAUCCCUGGAGGACUCGUACGGACCUCGGUGGCGUCCCUCCCAAGAGGAACGUGUGUUCUUUUGCAGAAGGAAGGUUAUAAUUAAUUGGAUCCGCGCGAAGCAGCGGGAGAGGCCUAAUACAGAGGCUACGGUGAUUGUUAUGGAGCUCGAGCGCUACCGGCGGCAGCAGCGUGCCUCUUUGGCUAAGCUUGUUGUUCUACUCAAGCAGGGUCCUGGGCCUUAGCCAAUCAAGGAGGAAGGGGCUCGAACAGGGAAAAUGGUACGGGGAGUACUACUGUUCAAACAUGAGCCGGUAGAAGAGUUCAGCAGGUAGAUAAGAUGAGAUGAGCAACGACCUCUCUUUUUUUAUAUAUAUCACCAGAUG